AUGUUAACACGAUCGGUGGGGGUACCAGCGCCGACAUUCCCAAAGAGGUGGAGCGCGUUGGCAUCGCAAAGGCACUGCUUAACUUGGAAUUCAUUAAGGCCAUCGAAAAGUGGGCAGCAUUCUGAAAGGGCUGUAGUAUUAUCAGCGUUUCCUACUCCUACCAAAGGAGCACACGGCACAAACUCUAGGCCACUCUUUGGGCAUGUUUUAUUAACGGACGGGGGAGGUGGCGGCGGCGGUGGCGAGGGCGGAGGAGGUGGAGAGGGAGGUGGCGGCGGGGGUGGCGAGGGCGGAGGAGGUGGACAGGGAGGUGGUGGUGGUGGUGGCGAGGGCGGAGGAGGAGGAGAAGGAGGUGGCGGAGGUGGUGGCGAGGGCGAAGGAGGAGGAGAGAGAGGUGGCUGUGGCGAGGGCGGCGGAGGCGGAGAGGGAGGUGGUGGCGGCGGUGACGAGGGCGGAGCAGGUGGGUGUGGACAUGUGGGCUUCGGAGGCGGUGGUGGUGGGUGUUUGGGUUUUGGAGGCGGUGGGGAUUUGGGCUUCGGAGGCGGUGGCGGUGGGUGUUUGGGUUUUGGAGGCGGUGGGGAUUUGGGCUUUGGAGGUGGUGGCGGUGGGUGUUUGGGUUUUGGAGGCGGCGGCGAUGGUGGUGGGUGUUUGGGUUUAGGUUUAUGCUUUGAUUUUGACUUUUGA